AUGGCGUCGGAAGAGCAGGAGAUCGUUGCUCUGCUCGAAUCCAAAUGUGCGGCCAUAAUCAUGCUAUACACUAUCGUAACUAUCCUGCUGUACGCUAUCACCCCCAUAUUCUCGACCCUCCGGGUUUACGCCAUCGCGGGCCGCAAAUGGCACUUCGCCGUCGCGACCCUCCUGACGGGCGUGGUCGCCGUCGCGUCCAAUAUCGCAAACGCCGUCCAGGCGUCGCUCGGCUACCUGGUCUACGUCGGACCUCUACCCGUGUGCACGUACGACACGUAUGACAGCAAGUCUGAGCACUGGAAACGUAAGCACCCCCUUCCCCCAAUCGCAUAUGGCCUUCGCUCCUCCCUGACAACCGCCACGCGCGUCUGCUCGAUCGUCUCCGACCUGCUUGUCAUCACCGUGACCUGGUGGCGGACGUACGCGCUGAAACGGGAGGCAGACCGACUGCAUAUGCGCGCGUCCCUCGCGACGCUCCUCCUGCGCGACGGCACAGUCUACUUCGUGGCGAUCCUCGUGCUGAACGUCGUGCACGCCGUUGUCGUGUUCUAUGACGGGAACGUCGUCUACGUGACGGUCUUCCUCAGCCCGAUCCCCGCCCUCCUCACCUCGCGCUUCCUCCUCAACCUCCGGCGCGCCAACGACCUCAAAGACAUCGACGUCCACCUCGGCUCCACGUCCUCGUCCACGGCCUCCCCCGACACCGGCUCGCUCUCCUUCGCCCUCUCCUCCGCCCCGCCCGACAUGCGCACGCUGCAGUUCGCCCCGGCGGGCGCGUCCGCCGGCACGACGGUGGGCGGAGGGACGGGGACGGGGACGUUCAUGGACAUGGACGGGGCGCUCUGGACGGGGUUCGCCUCUUCCGUCGGCGACGCGGGUGAGGCGGCGGGGACGGGGACGGGGACGGGCGAGGGCGAGAGGGCGUGGAGUCCGUCGACGGAGUCGGAGCGGACGAAGGCGGAGGCGGACGUAGAGGAUGGGAGGUCGCCCGUCGCCGGGUCUCCGAUGUCGGCGGGGACGGGGGCGACGGCCCGUGUGCGCGCGGGACGCGGGAGCGGGGAGGGGAAGGACGGGGUGGGGGUGGAGGAGAUAGAGCUGACGCCGGUGUAA